AGUUGAGCAACAGCGGAACGUCGAGAGGGAGAGAGAGCAAGUUGCUGCAUGGAUUUCCCGGAGGUCCACAUAACUUAAGAUCCAGAAUGCUGAGAAGAGGAUGAAUCCUCCGGGUCAUCUGAGACGUCCACGUGUCUUCGCUGCUGUCCCUUCCCGACAGUCCUCAGGUCCCAGCGGGGCACCAUCUGCCCCCCCACGCCGCCCCCCGCCCCCAUGUCUGGGUGCGCCCCCCCUCCCCUGCCCCCAGUAAUAUCCCUCCCAGAGGGCAGGAAAGGAGAGCCCGCUCCUGUAAAUAUGCUGGGAUGGAGGUCUCAGUGGCGUCUGGUCCUGCUGAACUCCCUGACCUGUGGCCUGGAGAUCUGCGUGGCAGCUGGGAUCACAUACGUGCCCCCGCUGCUGCUGGAGGCCGGGGUGGAGGAGCGCUACAUGACCAUGGUGCUAGGUAUCGGGCCGGUGCUCGGCCUCCUCCUCGUCCCUCUGAUCGGCUCGGCCAGCGACCGCUGCAGCAGCAGCUACGGCAGGAGGCGGCCCUUCAUCCUGCUGUUCUCGCUGGGAGUCCUCCUGGCACUGUUCAUCAUUCCCCACGCCGACAUCCUGGCAGCGCGCCUCGCCUGGGGUGGGCGCACCUUCCAGGUGGGCUUUCUUAUAUUCGGUGUGGGACUUCUGGACUUCUGUGGACAGGUGUGCUUCACCCCUCUGGAAGCUCUUUUGUCAGACCUGUACCCGGACGAGGAUGAGUGCGGCCAGGCCUUCGCCAUGUUCUCCUUCAUGGUCAGCCUGGGCGGCUGUGUGGGGUAUUUGCUCCCCGCGCUGGACUGGAGUCGCGGUACGCUCUCUUCUUACCUCGGAGGCCAGGCCGAGUGCCUCUUCUUCGUCCUCAUCCUCAUCUUCGUCUUCAGCGUGCUCAUCACCAUGCAAGUGUCCGAGGAGGCGCCGUACGGCGGCAGCAGCGGCCUGGCGGGAUCGGGCUCCUUGCUGCCGUCGGGAUCCGGCGCGAUGGAGGCCGGCAGGUGCGGCCUGCCGCGCUCCCUCUGCUACCUGCUGAACUGCAAGCCCCGGCUGCUGAAGCUGGGCCCUCUGUGUUUACUGAGGACCUGCUGGACCAUGAUUCCGGCCCUGUACAGGAGCUGCUGCCACGUCCCCCGGGUGAUGAAGCAGCUGUGCGUGGCUCAGCUCUGCAGCUGGAUGGCCAUCAUGUCGUUCAUGCUGUUCUACACAGACUUUGUGGGGGAAGGCCUGUACGAGGGCGUGCCGAGUGCGUUACCAGGAAGUCUGCCCAGGCAAAGAUACGAUGAAGGGAUCCGGAUGGGCAGUCUGGGCCUGUUCCUGCAGUGUGCUACCUCAACCGUCUUCUCUCUUGCCAUGAGUCGUCUGGUUCGCCACUUCGGCUCGCGCUGGAUCUACCUGAGCAGCAUGGUGAGCUUCACGGCCUCGGCCUUCGUCAUCUGCCUGUCCAAAAGUGUGGUUUUGGUCACCGCGAUGGCAGCGCUCACCGGCUACGCAUAUGCAACUCUCCAGACCCUGCCUUACACGCUCACCUGCCAUUACCACAAGGAGAAAGAGAUCUUUAUGCCAAAAAGAAUAACCAAAAGCGUCCAUCAGAACGGCGUGACGGCCAUGCAGAACUCUGUGUAUUUGACUCCGGUGGAGGAGGAAGAUGGAUUUAACCACAAAACAGGAGCUCCUCACAGAAACACGGUGUACAGCCAGGACGGCCUGGAGUACUUUCCCGUCCCGCAGAGCCAGAACGGCUCGUCUCACGGCUCCGGCGGCGCCGAGCAGGACGAGGCCGAGUUCGAGAAGCGCGGCGUGGGAUUGGACUUUGCCAUGUUAGACAGCACCUUCCUCCUCUCUCAGGUUUUCCCCACCCUCUUCAUGGGCAUGAUUGUUCAGUUUGCACAGUCUGUCACUGCCUACAUCGCCUGCUCCACCCUGUUCGGGGCCGUCGCCAUCUACCUGGCCAGUCACAUCGUCUUUGACCAAAAGGACCUCAGAAGCUGAAACUUGGAUGCAAAAAGUGACAAAGUGAUGAAAUCACAAUCAGCCGAUAUGUAAUGUUGCGAGGCGGCUCGUUCCAGUCGUACCGGCCGGUGGUGAUGCACAGAUCAGGUCUGCAGCUUGGCCUCGUGCAGACGAUCACUUGAUCAAUCGGUGAUGGGUGGAAGGGGGGGUGCAAUAUGAGGCAGCAGGGUUUUUAUUCUGUCCGCUACAGACCAGGCAGCUGGAGGGCUUCUUGAGGUUGUGGGUGAGUGAUUAAGUUUACAUGUCUGGAAGGGAUCUGUGCAUCACCAGGGACUUCCACGUUUUAGAUUUUACCCGCCACCCGAGGGGUCCACGCCCCUCCGUGUCCUCAGAUCAGGGGUGGCUCGCACUGUGCUAAAAGCUAUUACCAGGCUCCAGAACAACCUCGGGCCGUGACGUUGUUUUUAUUCAUCUUUUUCCUCAGGUACCAUCAGACAGAUUUACUGCUGACUCACAGCGACUCGCCUGUUUAUAUGAUUCUGAGGGAUCGUAUGCUGAGCUACUCCUAUGUCUGAAAAAUGCAAAUCUGGCUCGUGCAAUUUGCUGUGCGGCGUCAUUAAGUCAGCCUGCUUAUCUUAUCUUUAGGGUAAAUUGGAGGGUGAUCACGUUGACAUUUUCAAGGCGGGUCUUCUGUUAUAACAGGAAAGGUUUUCCUUUAUCUUUUUCUUUUCAGCCAUUUGCCAUGUGGAUUGAAUAAUGCAUUGUGUGAAACUGUAACUAAAAGUGGGACCACUGGAUUUCGCCAUCCAGGAUAAUUAAAGACACACACACACACACACACACAUACACACACCAGCAGGUUUUCUUAUGACAACUUGCUACAACUACGUUUGUAAAAAAAGAAAGAGAAAAGUCAGAAUGUCUUCUCGUCCUCUGGAAUCAGGGUUAAUUUGCUCAUUGCCUGCGUGUUAAAUCUGAGCAUCCUACAGGUUUUCUGUCAGAUAAGCAGAACCUCCACACGCUCACGCCCUUAAUGGCUUCCUUGUGGCAAAUUCAGGGUUGUUGGCGCUUCGAAACUGUUUUUAAGUACAUCUAAAAUUCAGCUGUACUCUAAUAUUGCCAAUAUUUUUAUCCUCCUUUUAUUGUGGUCAUGACCUAAUGAGUAGCUCCGAUGGGUGUAUUUUGUAUACCAUGUGACUGUAUUAUCCCUAUGGGAACUGAACUUUGUUAUGCAACCUGCUGAGGUGAGGUUAUUUACUGUGGUGGCUGAAGAAUGAAGCUGAUUUCUGCAACUGGAAUAGCGCAUGGAGCGUCCUCCUCCUAGAUAAUCGGGGGCAGCUGAGCCUGGCGAGCUGCUCGCCCUGUCCAGCUCAGCUCUGACCUGGACAGCCGUCUCAGGUUAGCGCCACUUUUGGUGUCCCAUUCUUUUUUUUUUUUCCUUUUUUUUUUUUUUUUUUUUAUGCAUUAGUAAUACAUCAGUUUUCCUGUUGCCUAAACCCUCGUGUUUCUCUGCUUUCUCGAAUGACAAUCUAGGACAUCCAGAUGGGCUUGUUGUGUAAUAGUGGUGGAAAACAUGCAGGGAAGCGAUGUCUCAUGGAUGGAUUCAUUGUGCCCAUUCCCAAAUAGACCAAAAACAAAACAAAACAAAAAAAGUCCAACGGAAACAUUUGGUUGCUGAAAGGGAUACUGGUGAGCACUGUGGAUUGAAGCUGAGUUUACCUGUGCGUGCGUGUGUGUGUGUGUGUGUGUGUGUGCGUGCGUGCGUGCGUGCAUUACAUGAAGAUUGUAAUAUUUAAGUGUGAGGUCUAUGUAAAGUGAUGCAGAUCUUCCGCAUGCUGUCUUGGCCUGUAGCUGCAGUGGCUCCUCGUAUUGGUCAGACCGUGUAAACAGCGAGCGUCUGUCGCCGCCGCCACCCUGUCCCUCGCAAGGGGGCAGUGAAUUACGUUGAGCAGAUAGGAAUAGUCCUGAAGGAUCGUGUUGCCUGAGUCGUGCUCAGCGUGGGGAGAGCCGAGGAUUUGUCAUGUUGACAUUACUACGGAAAAGUGGCCGACUUAUCCUUUUCACCCUGAAAUGCACAGGA